GAGAAUAUUGAAUACAAAUAUACAAUCAGAGCUUACGACAGAUCCAAUCAGUGCCAUUAAUAAUUCCAGGUUGUCUUCCACACGCUUUGACUUCUCUGCAUCAUCAUCAUCAUCUUCAUCCAUUAUUGAGGUUUUUGGGAUUAAUAAAUCCCUCCCCUAUUUGUGUAAGGUUUGUUGUAAUUAAGAUUCUCAUUGGUGUUUCAACUUUCAAGGUUCUCCCUUGCUUUCCGAAGAACUCUUCUUAUAGACAGAGACCUGAUUGACGUUUUAGUAGAUCUCACAAGAUGGCUAUGGCUGUUGGAUUGGAUAGUGGUGUUGGUGUGUCCUUGUGGGCUCUGCAUAGAAGUUUCCAAAAGAACAGAAAGGCAAAGAAGAUGAAUAAUGUUUCUUGUGUUGCUUCUUCUGUUAGCUUGACGGACCAAUACAAAACACUUAGAAUCCAACCUGGUGCUUCUGAAGGCGAGGUCAAAAAGGCUUUUCGCCAGCUCGCGUUGCAGUAUCAUCCGGAUGUCUGCAAAGGAAAUAACUGUGGCGUUCAAUUCAAUCAAAUUAAUGAAGCCUAUGAUGUUGUGAUGAGCUACUUGAAGGGAGAAGAGAGGAAUACGAUUGGUGAUCAAUAUGAGUCUUCGUACAAUUACAACGACGUUGAUGAACCAAUGAGAGGGAUGUGCGAUCUAGAUUGGGACAUGUGGGAAGAAUGGAUGGGAUGGGAAGGAGCUGGGAUUCGUGAUUACUCUUCUCACAUCAAUCCUUACAUCUAAUCUCAUCCUUUAGUAGGCUUUAAUUAAGCAUCUAGGCUCAUCGAUCAUCAUGGAUUUUGGGGAUUAAUCUUGACCAUUUAUAUUGUUCAUAAUUGCUAAAGCUGAUGAGUGGGUUCUAUGAUGGCCCAAUAAGAGGAGAAUGAUAUGGGGUCGCGUGUGUGUUGUACAUAUAAUCAAUCGUGACCUUUGUACUGUACAUAUACAUUAAAGAAGAGAAUAACAUUCCCUGGUGGGCUUUGCCUAUUGAGGUCGAAAUAGGUAAGAAAAUCUCACUUUCUAAU